AUGCCUCCGAAGAUCGAUGCGACCGUUUCAGGCGGAGGAAGCAUUGCCGCAGGUUACGAGGAGACGAGACGGAGGAGAGCGCGAGGCCUUGUGUUACGCGAGAUGUUUAUGAUUCCGAGGAGAUGCAAGUACAGAGCCGAGUUAGGGAUAGAUGAGAGAGGACCCGAGGAUAGGAGAGACGAGAGGGUGAGAGGAGAGAGAGACGAGAGAGGAGAGAGAGAGGAUCGAGAGCGAGAGAGAGACGGGAGAGCGAGGGAAGGGGACCUAAGAUGAGAGAGAGAGAGGAGAGAGAGGAAGGAGAGAGAGGGAGUUUCGAGAGAGAGAGGAGAGAGAGGAGAGGAGAGGCGAGGAGAGGAGACGAAAGGGGAGGAAGAGAAGGAGGAGGAGAAGGGAGAGACGAUGGAGAGAGAGGAGAGAGAGGAGAGAAUAUGCAAAUAUAAGUGCAGAGGACAUUUGAAUCUGUAAAAACCUGCGGAAAGUCUGGGACAACAUACUGAUCAUGAGGACUGGAAAUUAGAGAGACAAGCUGAAACGAACAACGUCCCAUACCCCCAUCUUCUCCUUCCUCUACAGGCCAGACUGACCAGCCCCCACCCUCAGAGGGUAUUCAAGGUGGUGUUUUUGGGGAACUCUGGAGUGGGCAAGAGCUCCUUCAUCCACCACAUACUGCGGGACCACUUCCCAAAUACAACUGGUACUAGCUGUGGGUAAAGAAGAGUUUAGACCCAUAUAACACACUGGGUAUUCUGUGGGUUAAAAUGAGUAGAACCCAAUAACCACCACUGGUCUACUACUGUGGGUUUAAGAGAGUUAGACCCAAUAACACACUGGGUACUACUGUGGGUAAAUGAGUUAGACCCAAUAACACACUGGGUAUUACUGUGGUUAAGAGAGUUAGACCCAAUAACACAGUGGGUAUUGCUGUGGGUAAAUGAGUUAGACCCAAUAACACACUGGGUAUUACUGUGGGUAGGAGAGUUAGACCCAAUAACACAGGGGUUACUGUGGGUAGGAGAGUUAGACCCAAUAACACACUGGGUAUUACUGUGGGUAAGAGAGUUAGGGCCCCAAUAACACCAGGGUAUGACUGUGGGUAGGAGGUGCCAAGAACACAGUGGGAUUCCUGGGGGGGUUAAGAGGAGUUAGACCAAUACACACACCGGGUAUUACUGUGGUUAAGAGCGUAGACCCAAUAACACAGUUGGGUUUAAUGUGCUGUGGGUGUUAAAGAGUAGAACCCACUAACACCACUGGGGUUAAUACUGUGGGUUAAAUGAGUUAGACCAUAUAACACCACGGCUACUUCUGUGGGUACGAGAGUUAGAACAUUUAACACACUCGUUGCGCUACACUGGGGGUAAAUGAGUUAGACCCAAUAACACACUGGGUAUUACUGUGGGUAGGAGAGUUAGACCCAAUAACACACUGGCUACUACUGUGGGUAAGAGAGUUAGGAUCGCCAAUAACCCAUGGGGAGUACUUGUGGUAAGAGAGUUGACCCAAACACAGUGGGCUUAUGGGGUAAUAUGAGUUAGACCCAUAACACAUGGGUAUUACUUUGGGUUAGGAGAGGUAGAGCCCCCAAAACACACGGUAUUUAAGGUGGGGUUAAGAGAGUGUAGGACCCAUAACACACUGGGUAUAAUGUUGGUAGGGAGAGUUAGAACCCUAAUAACACUCACUGGUAUUACUGUGGGUAAGAGAGUUAGACCCACCACACAUGGAGGAUACUGUGGUUUAAGAGGAAGUUAGACCAUAUAACCACAGUGGUAUUAAUGUGGGUAAGGUAAAUGCGGUAGACCAAUAACACACUGGGUAUUCUGUGGGUAAAUGGUUAGGAACAAUAAACAUGGGGAUAGCUGUGGUAAAUGAGUUAGACCCAAUAACACACUGGGUAUUACUGUGGGUAAAUGAGUUAGACCCAAUAACACACUGGGUAUUAUGGGGGCAGUAUAAUUGGUGAGAUCCAAUAACACAAUGGGAUACGUGGGUAAAUGAGUUAGACCCAAUAACACAGUAGGUAUUACUGUGGGUAGGAGAGGGACCAAUAACAACGGGUUCUACUGUGGGAAAAUGAGUUAGACCCAUAACACAUCUGGGUAAAUUAUUACUUGGGUAAGUAAAUGGACAUAGACCCAAUAAAACUGGUUAUACUGUGUGAAAUGAGUUAGACCCCAAUAACACAAGGGGUAUUACUGUGGGUUAGGAGAGUUAGAACCCAUAACACACAGGGUAUACUGGGGUAAAGAGUUAGACCAAUAACACACGGGGGUAUACUGUUGGGUAAAUGAGUUAGACCCAAUAACACACUGGGUAUUACUGUGGGUAAGAGAGUUAGACCCAAUAACACACUGGGUAUUACUGUGGGUAGGAGAGUUAGACCCAAUAACACACUGGGUAUUACUGUGGGUAAAUGAGUUAGACCCAAUAACACACUGGUAUUACUGGGGGAAAAGAAGUUAGAACCAAUAAACACCACUGGGGAGGUAUAUGUGGGAGGCGAGUUAGACCCAUCACGCUGGGUUAAUACUGUGGGUAAGAGAGUUAGACCCAACAACACACUGGGUAUUACUGUGGGUAAGAGAGUGUAGAACACAAUACACAUGGGUAUUAAUGGGGUAGGAGAGUAGACCCAAUAAAACCACAUGGAUUACGGGGGUAAGAGAGUUAGACCCCAAUAACACACGGGGUCUUACGGGUAUUACAGGGGAAUAGGGGAGAUAGUGGACUACAUGGGGAAUAGGGGAGGAUAGGGACGACAGGGGGAGAUAGGGGAUGGAGGGUAGUGGACUACAUGGGGAAUAGGGGAGGAUAGUGGACUACAUGGGGAAUAGGGGAGGAUAGUGGACUACAUGGGGAAUAGGGGAGGUAGUGGACUACAUGUGAAAUAGGGGAGGAUAGUGGACUACAUGGGGAAUAGGGGAGGAUAGUGGACUACAUGGGGAAUAGGGGAGAUAGUGGACUACAUGGGGAAUAGGGGAAGUCAUUUCAGACACAACCUUUGUCUUUAUCCUUCAGCAAUGAGGCAGAACAUCCUGUUGAUAUGUCAGCAUUAUGUGUAUUUAUUUAAUGGAUUGUGGAGAUGACUCUAUAAUGGUCUGUGUGUUGACUGCAGGUGUAGACUUCCAGAUGCGUACAGUGACACUGGGCUCCACCACCAUCGCUCUUCAGCUCUGGGACACUGCAGGACAGGAGAGGUGUGUGUGUCUGUGAGUCUGUGGAGGCUCCUCGGAGGAGGAAGGGGAGGACCAUCCUCAGUGAAUUUCAGAAAAAAUAAAUAUUGUGAAACAAAAAAAAGUAAUCAUUUUUGGAUAAAACUAUACUAAAUAUAUUAAUGUCACCAAAUAAUUGAUUAAAACGCACUGUUUUGCGAUGAAGGUCUACAGUAGCCUCAGCAGCACUCUGUAGGGUAGCGCCAUGGUGUAGCCAGAGGACAGCUAGCUACCGUCCUCCUCUGGGUACAUUGACUUCAAUACAAAACCUAGGAGGCUCAUGGUUCUCACCCACUUCUAUAGACUUGCACAGUAAUUAUGACAACUUCCGGAGGACAUCCUCCAGCCUAUCAGAGCUCUUGCAGCAUGAACUGACAUGUUGUCCACCCAAUCAAAAGAUCAGAGAAUGAAUCUAGUACUGAAAGCAUAAGCUACAGCUAGCUAGCGCUGCAGUGCAUAAAAUGUGGUGAGUAGUUGACUCAAAGACAGAGAAAGACAAUCGUUGAACAGUUUUGAACAAAUUAAUUUCUUUAAAAAUGCUAGUGAAUGCAGCUAGCUAGUUUAGCCUACUCAAACACCUAACUCAAACAGAGAGGGAUGCUAUGUUAGCUAGGUGGCUAUGACUAUCCAACACUGGAACUGGUCCUCUGUAGCUCAGCUGGUAGAGCACGGCGCUUGUAACGCCAAGGUAGUGGGUUCGAUCCCCGGGACCACCCAUACACAAAAAUGUAUGCACGCAUGACUGUAAGUCGCUUUGGAUAAAAGCGUCUUCUAAAUGGCAUAUUAUUCCAAGUUCAGGUAAAUUAAGGUAAGCUUUUGGUUUUAUUCAUUUAUUGCCACCAGGGGGCCCGCCGGCGUAACUGCUAAACUGCUUUCUGACUGUACAUUGUACUGCGUGAUUGUAGCGGGUUUACUAACAAGUUAGUUCUUGUAGCUACAGUGUUCAGACCCCUUGACUUUCCACAUUUUGUUACGUUACGGCCUUAUUCUAAAAUGGAUUAAAUAAAUAAAAAUCCUCAGCAAUCUACACACAAUACCUAAUAAUGACAAAGUGAAAACAGGUUUUAAUUUUUUUGUGCAGCAUUGAAGGUCCCCAAGAACACAGUGGCCUCCAUCAUUCUUAAAUGGAAGAAGUUUGGAACCACCAAGACUCUUCCUAGAGCUGGCCGCCUGGCCAAACUGAGCAAUCAGGGGAGAAGGGCCUUGGUCAGGGAGGUGACCAAGAACCCGAUGGUCACUGUGACAGAGCUCUAGAGUUCCUCUGUGGAGAUAGGAGAACCUUCCAGAAGGACAACCAUCUCUGCAGCACUCCACCAAUCAGGCCUUUAUGGUAGAGUGGCCAGACGGAAACCACUCCUCAGUAAAAGGCACAUGACAGCCCACUUGGAGUUUGCCAAAAGGCACCUAAAGACUCUCAGACCAUGAGAAACAAGAUUCUCUGGUCUGAUGAAACCAAGAUUGAACUCUUUGGCCUGAAUGCCAAGCGUCACUUCUGAAGGAAACCUGGCACCAUCCCUACGGUGAAGCAUGGUGGUGGCAGCAUCAUGCUGUGGGGAUGUUUUUCAGUGGCAGGGACUGGGAGACUAGUCAGGAUAGAGGGAAAGAUGAAUGGAGCAAAGUACAGAGAGAUCCUUGAUGAAAACCUGCUCCAGAGCGCUCAGGACCUCAGACUGGGGCGAAGGUUCACCUUCCAACAGGACGAUGACCCUAAGCACACAGCCAAGACAACGCAGGAGUGGCUUUGGGACAAGUCUCUGAAAAUCCUUGAGUGGCCCAGCCAGAGCCCGGACUUGAACCCGAUCGAACAUCUCUGGAGAGACCUGAAAAUAGCUGUGCAGCGACGCUCCCCAUCCAACCUGACAGCGCUUGAGAGGAUCUGCAGAGAAGAAUGGGAGAAACUCCCUAAAUACAGGUGUGCCAAGCUUGUAGCAUCAUACCCAAGAAGACUCGAGGCUGUAAUCGCUGGCAAAGGUGCUUCAACAAAGUACUGAGUAAAGAGUCUGAAUACUUUUGUAAAUUGGAUAUUUUAAUAUUUAUUUUUCGCAAAAUUUUCAAAAAAUCUGUUUUUGCUUUGUCAUUAUGGGAUAUUGUAUAUAGAUUGAUGAGGAAACAAAAACAAUUUCAGCAAUUUUAGAAUAAGGCUGUAACCUACCAAAAUGUGGAAAAGGUCAAGGGGUCUGAAUACUUUCCGAAGGCUCUGUAUGUUGACUGAUGUUAAUAUGGUGACAACGAUGUAGGCUGUGUGUAGCGGUUAUGAUAUGACGGUUUGGUUUGGAAAGGUUUUUUUCGCCUGGUCAUAGACAGCUGAUGUGUUGUGCACUGAAGUCCACAAGCAAAGGGAAAAGGUGAGGGGAGGAGAGCACGUAGAUGCGAGAAGUAAUUAUACAAUGAUUAAAGGGAUCAUGCAGUUUGUAUAUGGCUGCAAUGAAAGUUAACUGCGUUUGCGGGUGAUCAGGGGUGUAUUCAUUCUGUAGAUUCUGUUGAAAAACAUUUCUUAAACGGAAGCAAACGGAACGAAACGGGGUAAACAUACCUGAAUUUGUCCAAUAGAAACUCUCGUUUGCAACUGUUGGACUAAUGAUUACACCCUAGAUCAGCUAGAUGCAGGCAAGAGUGCGCAAGGAGGUAUUGAAUGUGUCAAUGUCUGUCACCUUGAUUACUCAAAAUUCUCUUGGCUAUGUUGUAAACUUUCAUUCAUAAGCUAGGUUGUUACAUUGAGCUGGGUGGAUGGAAUAUGAAUGACAGUCAUCCAAUAUGCUGUAAUAUAAAUAAGGCCAUGCUCAUUAAAAAAAGAAUCAUCCUCCCUCAUCUUAAAUGGCACCAACCGCCACUGGUCUGUGUGUGUGUGUGGUAAAUUAGUCCUCCCUCUUGUCCAAGGUUCCGCAGCAUCACCCAGCAGUACUAUCGCAAGGCGGAUGGAAUCCUCACCAUGUAUGACAUCACUGACUCCGCCUCCUUCUCCGCGGUCAGAGAGUGGAUGGACCUUGUGCAAGUGAGUGGAUGGACAGGUGAAGGGGCAGGGCUUUACGAUGUUAUGGUGUUUUGACAUGCAAAUAAAUUAUUGGAAGUAUUUUGCAUACAACCCCCAUCAUGUGACAGGUUGUUGGGCAAUAUAAUUUUGCAUACAACCCCCAUCAUGUGACAGGUUGUUGGGCAAUAUAAUUUUGCAUACAACCCCCAUCAUGUGACAGGUUGUUGGGAAAUAUCUACAUACUGUAUGACAAGUCCUUUUGGCACUUUAUGGCAUUUAUGCAGGUGAAUGAGUGGUUUACUAUAGUGGAAGAUAUUUAAGUUUUUUUUCUCAGUUUGAUAUUUAAUGAAGUCAGAGUAUAGUAGGCAAUUAUAGAAUAUGUCUGAUAGUAACCUGUUAAUUAAUAAUAUAUCUGUGAUAGUAACCUGUUAAUUAAUAAUAUAUCUGUGAUAGUAACCUGUUAAUUAAUAAUAUGUCUGUGAUAGUAACCUGUUAAUUAAUAAUAUAUCUGUGAUAGUAACCUGUUAAUUAAUAAUAUAUCUGUGAUAGUAACCUGUUAAUUAAUAAUAUAUCUGUGAUAGUAACCUGUUAAUUAAUAAUAUGUCUGUGAUAGUAACCUGUUAAUUAAUAAUAUAUCUGUGAUAGUAACCUGUUAAUUAAUAAUAUAUCUGUGAUAGUAACCUGUUAAUUAAUAAUAUAUCUGUGAUAGUAACCUGUUAAUUAAUAAUAUAUCUGUGAUAGUAACCUGUUAAUUAAUAAUAUGUCUGUGAUAGUAACCUGUUAAUGAGGUAAUAUAUCUGUGAUAGUAACCUGUUAAUUAAUAAUAUAUAUGUGAUAGUAACCUGUUAAUUAAUAAUAUAUCUGUGAUAGUAACCUGUUAAUUAAUAAUAUAUCUGUGAUAGUAACCUGUUAAUGAGGUAAUAUAUCUGUGAUAGUAACCUGUUAAUUAUAUAUGCUGUAUAUGUACAGUGCCGUGAAAAACUAUUUGCCCCCUUUCUAAUUUUCUCUAUUUUUGCAUAUUUUUGAUACUGUAAGGUAGACGCAGGGAGUCAGGUAGCAGGUGCAGUUAGUGAGUUUAAUAACAACGAACAUGGAACAAUACAAAACAAGAGAAGCGUCUGACAUGGAAACACAAACAAUACUACCUGGUGACUGACAAAACAGAGUGCUAGGUAAAUGGUAAGUAAUGAAAGUAGUAAUGUAAAGUAAAGUCCAGGUGUGACUGAUGAUGAGACGUAGGUGUGCGUAAUGAUGGGUUGCCAGGUGUGCGUAAAGGUGGGUUGCCAGGACAGGUGGUUAGUAGACCGGUGAUGUUGAGUGCCAGAGAGGGAGUAGACCCUGGCGGCGGACGGCGCGCUGGAGUCUCACAUGGGCAUCGUUCCAUACCUCUUCUGCGCGCCUGAACCACUCAUCCACCGCAGGAGCUUCGGUCUGGCUCGGAGUCCACGGAGCCAGGGCUGGCUGAUAACCCAGAACACACUGGAAGGGAGUUAGCCCGGUGGAGGAGUGUCGCAAUGAAUUCUGGGCUUAUUCAGCCCAGGGAAGGAAUCGGGCCCAUUCCCCCUGCCGGUCCUGGCAGUGGCUCCUCAGGAACCUCCCCAGCUCCUGGUUCAUCCUCUCCACCUGCCUGUUAGACUGUGUCCGGUACCCGGAAGUAAGGCUGACCGUGAACUCCAGCUUCUCCAUGAAGGCCAUCCAUACACGUGACGUGAAUUGAAGGCCACGGUCGGAGAUGAUAUCUUCAGGACCUGCUGGAACAGUGCCUCAGCUACCUGGAUAGCGUUAAGGAGACCAGAGAGAGGGAUGAAACGGCUUGAUUUAGAGAAUCUGUCCACUAUCACCAAAAUGGUGGUAAAACCAUCAGAAGAGGGGAGAUCAGUGACAAAGUCAAUGGACAGAGGAGACCAGGAACGCUGAGGCAUGGGAAGUUUCCCUGCUGGAGCAUUCCGGGGGGAUUUGGAUUGGGCACAUAUGGAACAGGAGUUGACAUAACAAGUGACGUCCUGCGCCAAGGUGGGCCACCAGUACUUUCCAGAGAUGGACUGAAUGGUGCGGGUGAUACCUCGAUGUCCAGCGACGACAGCUGUCAAGCACUCAAGACAGGAACCUCUCCCGAAUCGUAGAGAUGGGACCGGGCGUCGGCUUUGAUUUGUUUUUAACCUGGGCGAUAUGUCAGCGUGAAAUCGAAUCUGGUGAAGAAAAGGGCCCACCUGGCUUGUUCAGUCGCCCUCCCGUAUGUACUCCAGGUUCCGAUGGUCGGUGAGGAUGAGGAACGGGUCCUUGGCGCCCUCCACCCAGUGUCUCCACUCCUCUAAUGCCAACUUCACCGCCAGGAGCUCCCGUUUACCAACAUCAUAGUUCCUCUCUGCAGGAGACAGCUUUUUAGAGGAUGGGAUACAAUUUCUGUGGAUUACCUUGACGUUGGGACAGGACAGCCCCCACACCUACUUCUGAAGCGUCCGCCUCCACCACGAGGGGCAGCGUAGAAUCUGGAUGUUUGAGCAACGGGGUGGAGGUGAAACAACCCUUCGGUAGGCGGAAGGUAGGCGGGGACCACCCUUGAGGAGAGAAGUGAGAGGAGAGGCGAUCAAUCUAAAGUUCUUAAUGAAUUGGCGGUAGAAGUUGGCAAAUCCCAAAAAACCGUUGGUUGGGACUGGCCAUGACCUUACAGCAUCCACCUUCCUCUCAUCCAUCGUGACUCCUUGCGGGCCGAUCUUGGUAACCCAAAAAGGAGACAUCCUCCUGAUGGAAUUUGCCACUUCUCCGCUUUGACGUACAGAUGGUUGGCCAGGAGGCGUUCCAGGACCACUCGGACGUGAGCGAUGUGAUCCUCCAAGGUAGCCGAGUAGACCAGGAUGUCGUCGAUAUACACGACCCACCUGGCGUCCAAGCAUGUCCCGGAACACCUCGUUGACAAAUGCCUGGAACACUAACGGCGCAUUGGCUAAUCCAAAAGGCAUCUCCAAGUACUCGUAGUGACCAGACAUCGUGCUGAAGGCCAUCUUCCAUUCAUCUCCCUCCCGGAUGCGGAUCAAAUUGUAGGCACUACGCAGGUCCAACUUGGUAAAAAACUGGGCCCCGUCAGAGUUGUUAGAUUGUAACCGGCACCAACGGGAGAAGGUAGCUGUACUUCGUGGUGAUGGAAUUCAGAUUUUCUGUAAUCGAUGCGCGGGUGCAACCCUCUGUCUUUCUUGGCCACGAAGAAGAAGCCUUCCGACGCAGGGGAGGUGGACCUGCUGGGGCGCUUCCUGGAUGUACUCCUCCAUAGCCUUGGUUUCAGCCACCGACAGAGGGUAGAUGCGGCCACGAGGUGGCGCGGGUUUUGGAAAAAACCUCCCGAAGAUUACUGGUAUACCUCUGGGAUGUUGGGCUGAAGGUCAACCACAGGACUCUCAACCGACGUGGAACCACAGGGAAAGGAAAAGCAGGUCUUCCCCAAUUCAGGUGCCCAGUCGGUGAUGAGGGAGGGAAUGCUUUCUUGAUGUGUGAAUUCCACGGUGAGAGUGAGUGGUGCUGUGAUGUGUGUGAUUGUCCGGAUCCUAGUCGUUGACUAUCCAGCACUUGAACCGGACAAGGAGAGGAGAGAAAGAGAAAUGACAGUCCAUCAUUACUUUAAGACAUGAAGGUCAGUCAAUACGGAACAUGAAAGUUUCUUCAAGUGCAGUCGCAAAAAACAUCAAGCACUAUGAUGAAACUGGCUCUCAUGAGGACCGCCACAGGAAUGGAAGACCCAUAAAUACCUCUGCUGCAGAGGAUAAGUUAAUUAGAGCUACCAGCCUCAGAAAUCGGCAUUUAACUGCACCUCAGAUUGCAUCCCAAAUAAAUGCUUCACAGAGUUCAAGUAACAGACACAUCUCAACAUCAACUGUUCAGAGGGGACUGCGUGAAUCAGGCCUUCAUGGUCGAAUUGCUGCAAAGAAACCACUACUAAAGGACACCAAUAAUAAGAAGAGACUUGCUUGGGCCAAGAAACACGAGCAAUGGACAUUUGACCGGUGGAAAUGUGUCCUUUGGUCUGAUGAGUCGAAAUUUCCGAUUUUUGGUUCCAACCGCUGUUUCUUUGUGAGACGCAGAGUAGGUGAACGGAUGAUCUCUGCAUGUGUGGUUCCCACCGUGAAGCAUGGAGGAGGAGGUGUGGGGGUGCUUUGCUGGUGACACUGUCAGUGAUUUAUUUAGAAUUCAAGGCACACUCUUAACCAGCAUGGCUACCACAGCAUUCUGCAGCGAUACGCCUGUUUUGUGCUUAGUGGGACUAUCAUUUGUUUUUCAACAGGACAAUGACCCAAAACACACCUCCAGGCUGUGUAAGGGCUAUUUGACCAAGAAGGAGAGUGAUGGAGUGCUGCAUCAGAUGACCUGGCCUCCAAUCACCCGACCUCAACCCAAUUGAGAUGGUUUGGGAUGAGUUGGACCGCAGAGUGAAGGAAAAGCAGCCAACAAGUGCUCAACAUAUGUGGGAACUCCUUCAAGACUGUUGGAAAAGCAUUCCAGGUGACUACCUCAUGAAGCUGGUUGAGAGAAUGCCAAGAGUGUGCGAAGCUGUCAUCAAGGCAAAGGGUGGCUACUUUGAAGAAUCUAAAAUCUAAAAUAUAUUUUGAUUUGUUUAUCACUUUUUUGGUUACUGCAUGAUUCCAUACGUGUUAUUUCAUAGUUUUGAUGUCUUCGCUAUUAUUCUACAAUGUAGAAAAUAGUAAAAAUAAAGAAUAACCCUGGAAUGAGUAGGUGUGUCCAAGCUUUUGACUGGUACUGUAUAUAUACAAUAUGUCUAUGAUAGUAACCUGUUAAUUAAUGAUAUAUGUAUGUCCAUGAUAGUAACCUGUUAAUGAUGCAAUAUGUCUAUGAUAUUAACCUGCUUCUCUUCUGUACUAGGAGAGGAUGUCUGAGGGGGCGGUCCUGAUGCUGCUGGGGAACAAAAUGGACUUAUCAGAAGCUCAGAAGAGGGAGGUUACCACCAGAGAGGGACAGCGAUUGGCUGAGGUAAGAUUAUAUUCUGAUGACUGAUGAGCCUUCAGGACUUCUAAUGGCUGAGGUUGUUUUUACUACUAUAACUACUAUGUACUUCUAUAUUUAGUUUAGUUUACUAUGUGUACUACUAUAACUACUACAGUGGGGAGAACAAGUAUUUGAUACACUGCCGAUUUUGCAGGUUUUCCUACUUACAAAGCAUGUAGAUGCCUGUAAUUUUUGUCAUAGGUACACUUCAACUGUGAUAGACGGAAUCUAUAACAAAAAUCCAGAAAAUCACAUUGUAUGAUUUUUAAGUAAUUAAUUAGCAUUUUAUUGCAUGACAUAAGUAUUUGAUACAUCAGAAAAGCAGAACUUAAUAUUUGUUAGAGAAACCUUUGUUUGCAAUUACAGAGAUAAUAUGUUUCCUGUAGGUCUUGACCAGGUUUGCACACACUGCAGCAGGGAUUUUGGCCCACUCCUCCAUACAUACCUUCUCCAGAUCCUUCAGGUUUCGGGUCUGUCGCUGGGCAAUACAGACUUUCAGCUCCCUCCAAAGAUUUUCUAUUGGGUUCAGGUCUGGAGACUGGCUAGGCCACUCCAGGACCUUGAGAUGCUUCUUACGGAGCCACUGCUUAGUUGCCCUGGCUGUGUGUUUCGGGUCGCUGUCAUGCUGGAAGACCCAGCCACGACCCAUCUUCAAUACUCUUACUGAGGGAAGGAGGUUGUUGGCCAAGAUCUCGCGAUACAUGGCCCCAUCCAUCCUCCCCUCAAUACGGUGCAGUCGUCCUGUCCCCUUUGCAGAAAAACAUCCCCAAAGAAUGAUGCUUCCACCUCCAUGCUUCACGGUUGGGAUGGUGUUCUUGGGGUUGUACUCAUCCUUCUUCUUCCUCCAAACACAGCGAGUGGAGUUUAGACCAAAAAGCUCUAUUUUUGUCUCAUCAGACCACAUGACCUUCUCCCAUUCCUCCUUUGGAUCAUCCAGAUGGUCAUUGGCAAACUUCAGACGGGCCUGGACAUGCGCGGCAGGAUUUUAAUCCAUGACGGCGUAGUGUGUUACUAAUGGUUUUCUUUGAGACUGUGGUCCCAGCUCUCUUCAGGUCAUUGACCAGGUCCUGCCAUGUAGUUCUGGGCUGAUCCCUCACCUUCCUCAUGGUCAUUGAUGCCCCACGAGGUGAGAUCUUGCAUGGAGCCCCAGACCGAGGGUGAUUGACCGUCAUCUUGAACUUCUUCCAUUUUCUAAUAAUUGCGCCAACAGUUGUUGCCUUCUCACCAAGCUGCUUGCCUAUUGUCCUGUAGCCCAUCCCAGCCUUGUGCAGGUCUACCAUUUUAUCCCUGAUGUCCUUACACUGCUCUCUGGUCUUGGCCAUUGUGGAGAGGUUGGAGUCUGUUUGAUUGAGUGUGUGGACAGGUGUUUUUUAUACAGGUAACGAGUUCAAACAGGUGCAGUUAAUACAGGUAAUGAGUGGAGAACAGGAGGGCUUCUUAAAGAAAAACUAACAGGUCUGUGAGAGCCGGAAUUCUUACUGGUUGGUAGGUGAUCAAAUACUUAUGUCAUGCAAUGAAAUGCAAAUUAAUUACAUAAAAAUCAUACAGUGUGAUUUUCUGGAUUUUUGUUUUAGAUUCCGUCUCUCACAGUUGAAGUGUACCUAUGAUAAAAAUUACAGACCUCUACAUGCUUUGUAAGUAGGAAAACCUGCAAAAUCGGCAGUGUAUCAAAUACUUGUUCUCCCCACUGUAUACACUUCUAUAUGUACUUCUAUAUUUAGUUUAGUUUACUAUGUGUACUACUAUUUAACUACUAUGGACUUUAUGUUUAGUUUAGUUUACUAUGUGUACUACUAUUUACUUAUAUGUUUAGUAAUGUCAGGUAGUUCAGUCUGAACAUGUCUGUUGAAAUGUCUAACAUAGUGUAGCGUACUGUAGUGUAGCGUAGCGUAGCGUAGUGUAGCGUACUGUAGUGUAGCGUACUGUAGUGUGGUGUACUGUGGUGUAGCGUACUGUAGUGUAGCGUACUGUAGUGUAGUGUAGUGUAGCGUACUGUAGUGUAGCGUACUGUAGUGUGGUGUACUGUGGUGUAGCGUACUGUAGUGUAGCGUACUGUAGUGUGGUGUAGCGUACUGUAGUGUAGCGUACUGUAGUGUAGCGUACUGUAGUGUAGCGUACUGUAGUGUAGUGUGGCGUACUGUAGCGUACUGUAGUGUAGCGUACUGUAGCGUACUGUAGUGUAGCGUACUGUAGUGUAGCGUACUGUAGCGUACUGUAGCGUACUGUAGUGUAGCGUACUGUAGCGUAGCGUACUGUAGUGUAGCGUAGUGUAGCGUAGUGUAGCGUACUGUAGUGUAGCGUGCUGUAGUGUGGCGUACUGUAGUGUGGCGUACUGUAGUGUAGCGUACUGUAGUGUGGUGUACUGUGGUGUAGCGUACUGUAGUGGAGCGUACUGUAGUGGAGCGUACUGUAGUGUAGCGUACUGUAGUGUAGUGUAGCGUAGUGUAGCGUAGUGUAGCGUACUGUAGUGUGGCGUACUGUAGUGUGGCGUACUGUAGUGUAGCGUACUGUAGUGUAGUGUAGCGUACUGUAGUGUGGCGUACUGUAGUGUGGCGUACUGUAGUGUAGCGUACUGUAGUGUGGUGUACUGUGGUGUAGCGUACUGUAGUGUAGCGUACUGUAGUGUGGUGUACUGUGGUGUAGCGUACUGUAGUGUAGCGUAGUGUAGCGUAGUGUAGCGUACUGUAGUGUAGCGUACUGUAGUGUAGCGUACUGUAGUGUAGCGUACUGUAGUGUAGCGUACUGUAGUGUGGCGUACUGUAGUGUGGCGUAGUGUAGCGUACUGUAGUGUAGCGUACUGUAGCGUACUGUAGUGUAGCGUACUGUAGUGUAGCGUACUGUAGUGUAGCGUAGUGUAGCGUACUGUAGCGUACUGUAGUGUAGCGUACUGUAGUGUAGCGUACUGUAGUGUAGCGUACUGUUGUGUAGCGUACUGUAGUGUAGCGUGGUGUAGCGUACUGUAGUGUAGCGUACUGUAGUGUAGCGUACUGUAGCGUACUGUAGUGUAGCGUACUGUAGUGUAGCGUGGUGUAGCGUACUGUAGUGUAGCGUACUGUAGUGUAGCGUACUGUAGCGUACUGUAGUGUAGUGUACUGUAGUGUAGCGUAGUGUGGCGUAGUGUAGUGUACUGUAGUGUAGCGUACUGUAGCGUACUGUAGUGUAGCGUACUGUAGUGUAGCGUAGUGUAGCGUACUGUAGUGUGGCGUACUGUAGUGUGGCGUGGCGUGAUGUUGUUUCGUGUUGUGUGUUCUCUACAGCAGGACAAGGCAGUGUUCUAUGAAUGUAGCGCUAGGAGUGGAUACAACAUAGAGGAACUGAUGACACAGCUGGCA